GCACAUGUUGUAUUAGUCCUUAUCGUCCGAGAGGCCGAAGAUGCCGAGGUUCUUCUGGGCCUUGCCGAGCACGUUGAACGCGCCGCGGAGCCCCUCGGCGACGGCGCCCGACUCGGCUCCAGGUUUUUUUGCCGCGCCGCCACUACUCCGCGGCUUCUUCGUUCCCACAAAAUAGUCGCCUGCCGCCGCCGUCUCGAAGCAGGCCGCGACCUCGUCGAGGCUCGAGGCCUCGCCCAUGACGCGGAACGGCACCCAGACGUCAACGCCGCAGACCGACUCGGCGGCCGUGCCGAAGCGGCCGGUCUCGAAGUCCUCCUCGUCCGUGUAGACGGCCGCCGAGACGACCUUGACGCAUUUCUGGAGGCCGCGGACGUCGUCGACGGUGCAGCUCGUGAGCUGGCCGGCGCCGAGCCAGUACUCAACUUUUACGGAGUUGUCGCUCGGAUAGACGCGCUGGAUGGCUGGUCCGCGCCCUGGGGUGCCAAAGACCUUGAGCGCAGUUGCUUGUGCGAGCGCCAGCAGCAGGAAUGCGUUGCGCCGAGCCAUGGUAUCGAUCGAAAAGUUGCUCUCCUUGCACGGCCGCACGAAUGAUCUCGUUUAGGUAGAGUUGUGGGCAAAAAAGCUA